GUCAUGGAGCUGGAUGUGUCUCCUCCGAAGCUCAGCAGCUCUCCGGAAGACCUGUGCCCCGUCCCUGGGACUCCUCCUGGAACUCCUCCUGGAACUUCCCCAUCCCCAGAUAUUCUUCUGUCUGAAGAGGUGAAGCGGUCCCAGCCUCUGCCCAUCCCAGCCAGCAGGAAUUUGCGAGAGGAGGAACUUCGAGCAACGUCUCUGCCCUCUAUCCCUAACCCCUUCCCCGAGCUCUGCAGCCCUCCUUCCCAGAGCCCCAUUCUUGGGGGUACCUCUAGCGUAAGGGGCUUGCUCCCCAGAGAUGCCAGUCGCCCCCAUGUGGUAAAGGUGUACAGCGAGGAUGAGGCCUGCCGCUCUGUGGAGGUGGCAGCGGGUGCCACAGCUCGCCAUGUGUGCGAGAUGCUGGUGCAGCGAGCCCACGCCCUGAGUGAUGAGAACUGGGGCCUAGUGGAGUGCCACCCCCAUUUAGCCCUGGAGCGGGGCUUGGAGGACCACGAGUCUGUGGUGGAAGUACAGGCGGGCUGGCCCGUGGGCGGAGACAGCCGAUUUGUCUUUAGGAAAAACUUCGCCAAGUAUGAACUCUUCAAGAACUCUCCACACUCCCUGUUCCCAGAAAAGAUGGUCUCCAGCUGUCUCGAUGCAAAUAAGGGCUUAUCCCACGAAGACCUCAUCCAGAACUUCCUGAAUGCAGGCAGCUUCCCCGAGAUCCAGGGCUUCCUGCAGCUUCGGGGGUCCGGACGCAAACUUUGGAAACGCUUCUACUGCUUCCUGCGCCGGUCUGGCCUCUAUUACUCCACUAAGGGCACUUCCAAGGAUCCGAGGCACCUGCAGUACGUGGCUGACGUGAAUGAGUCCAAUGUGUACGUGGUGACCCAGGGUCGCAAGCUCUAUGGGAUGCCCACAGAUUUUGGCUUCUGUAUCAAGCCGAAUAAGCUUCGAAAUGGCCAUAAGGGCCUUCGCAUCUUCUGCUGUGAGGAUGAGCAGAGCCGAACCUGCUGGCUGGCUGCCUUCCGCCUCUUCAAGUAUGGGACGCAGCUGUAUAAAAAUUACCAGCAGGCACAGUCUCGUCACCUCCGCCCAUCUUGCUUGGGGUGCCCGCCCUUGAGAAGUGUCUCCGAUAACACCCUGGUGGCCAUGGACUUCUCUGGCCAUGCCGGCCGCGUCAUCGAGAACCCUCGAGAAGCUCUGAGUGCAGCGCUGGAGGAGGCCCAGGCCUGGAGGAAGAAGACAAACCAUCGUCUCAGCCUGCCCACCCCAUGCUCAGGCUCGAGCCUCAGUGCAGCCAUCCACCGCACCCAACCCUGGUUCCAUGGACACAUCUCCCGUGAGGAGAGCCAGCGGCUCAUUGGGCAGCAGGGCCUGGUGGAUGGCCUGUUCCUGGUCCGAGAGAGUCAACGAAACCCACAGGGCUUUGUCCUGUCUUUGUGCCACCUGCAGAAAGUCAAGCAUUACCUCAUAUUACCAAGUGAGGAGGAGGGCCGCCUUUACUUCAGCAUGGACGAUGGCCAGACCCGCUUCACUGACCUGCUGCAGCUCGUUGAGUUCCACCAGCUGAACCGCGGUAUCCUCCCGUGCUUGCUGCGCCACUACUGUACCCGCGUGGCCCUCUGAACGUCACGCUAAAUCGCGUGCAUUGCAGCCCAGCUUCAGGCUGCUCAGCG